CAAGUUUCCAACCAAUCAGAUUUAACUCUUGAGCCUGGACUCCCGCCUUCUCUCCUCCCAUGCUUCCAACAACUCGCUGCUACCUGCUCCUGUGAGAUCACUCUGCCUUCUCCGUCUUGUUUGUAGAGAUCGACAACUGCCUCCCGGGACAAAGAAUCAUGGUCCAAGCCAAGACGUGGACCCUGGUCAAACACUUUGACGGCUUCCCGAAGGACAGCGACUUUGAGCUCAAGGUGGAGGAUCUUCCUGAGCCAAAAGAUGGGGAGGUGCUCUUGGAAGCUGUGUUUUUCAGUGUGGACCCGUACAUGAGGCCGUUCAGUAGGGUUCGCAUGAAAGAAGGCGACGUGAUGAUCGGAACUCAAGUGGCCAAGGUGCUCCAAAGUAAGAACCCGGCAUUCCCUGUGGGAAGCCAUGUCAUCGGCCGUGGCGGCUGGAGAACCCACACAGUCAGUGACGGGGCGGACCUGACUCCCAUCAUGCCCGACUGGCCGCAAGACUUGUCUCUGUCGCUGGCUCUGGGCACCGUCGGCAUGCCAGGACUGACGGCUCUGUACGGGAUAGAAGAAGUUUUGGGACUACAGAAGGGCGAGACCCUGCUGGUGAACGCCGCAGCGGGGGCGGUGGGCACGGUGGUGGGCCAGAUCGCCAAAAUCAAGGGCUGCAAGGUGGUGGGCUCAGCAGGGUCCGAUGCCAAGGUGGCCUACCUCAAAGAGCUGGGCUUUGACGAGGCCUUCAACUACAAGACGGUUGGUUCCCUGGACGAGGCGCUGAAGAAGGCUUCUCCAGAGGGAUACGACUGCUUCUUUGAGAAUGUGGGGGGCCCUUUCUGGACUGCUGCCACACAACAAAUGAAGAACUUUGGGAGAAUAGCCGUGUGUGGAGGGAUUGCCACCUACAAUGACACCACCCCCAAAACAUGCCCAUAUCCCCACCUCACCAUGAUUUUUAAGCAGCUUAAAGUGGAGGGCUUCAUGCAGAGCAGGUGGGAGCACAAGCACCCCGAGUCCCUCAAGAGGCUGAUGGGCUGGGUCAAAGAGGGCAAACUGAAGUAUCAGGAGCACGUCACCAAAGGCUUUGAAAACAUGCCAGCUGCCUUCAUGGGGCUGCUGCGGGGAGAAAACACCGGCAAGGCCGUCAUCGCAGUCUGAUGACGAUCCGAUACAGGCUCGACGGAGAAUAAUCAGUAUUAUUAAUGAUUAACACAUUAUUACAGAAGUCUUGAAUGAAGGAAUGAGCAACAGACACUUAUAAAGUAACCAACUAUUUUCAUAUUGGCUCAGUCUCACAGUGACACCAUAUUUUGCCUGUUAUUACCUGAAAAUGUUAAUCGUCGACUCAUCUUGGAGGAAUUUUCACUCACAUUUUGUUAUAAGUGCAUUAAAAAAUAAUAAAUCAAUAAAGAUGAAAUAAAACAAAA